AUGCGGCAGUCUUCUACUAUACUUUUUACUGAGAUCCGACGCAUCAACGCCAUGAUGGCGGCUCUCAACGGCCUGAUGCCCAUGUUGGGUUACGCGUGCUACUCCCCGAUCUACUACAACACCGUCGACGUGUUGCCCGCUGCCCAGUUCUUCUUUGCUGCCGGGCUUAACGCCAUCAUCAUAGUCCUCUUCAUUAUAAUACAAGUGCGUCAAUCUUCGCCGAUCAGCCCUGAGGACCUGGAAGUGGCCCCGGAAAAAGAGGAUAAAGACGGACCUGGGAACUCCAAGACCCUUACUCUCAGUAGUCCAGGAAAAAGUCGUGAUUCUCACAAGUGCAAUGACUCACCCACACUCCAACAGUUGUCUUACGCCAAGAAAAAUACUAAAGAACUUACUUCGAGUUUGCCUCCGGUACCCAGCGAGUGUUACUCAGUUGGAGACUGUGCCACUAGGCAUAUGGUACAGAAUAGAUCCGAAGGCAGCGGGAUGUUACAGCAGCAGCUGCAAUUAACAUGGUCGGGUGAAGCUGAGAACACCACCAGCUGCACCGCACUGGGUCGCAAUACUGAGGAACAAGUUGAAGAAUCAGAUUACUUUUGA